CCAAACUCUCUUCUGCUCAAACCAACAACUUCACAACUAUCCUUGCCAAGAAAAACAUUCAAUUCCUUCCAAAAUAUUUAUAAUCAUCCAUACAAGAAACAAUGGCAGUACGAUUUCCUAGUGUUCUCCGUGCUUCUUUCCUGUCUGCUAAGAAAUCUUCUUCAAGAUCUUUAGAUGUACCUAGAGGUUUCUUAGCUGUGUACAUCGGCGAGACGGAGAAGAAGCGGUUCUUGGUUCCAGUAUCGUACUUGAACCAGCCUUCAUUUCAAGAUUUGCUAAAUAAAGCUGAAGAAGAAUUCGGGUUUGAUCAUCCAAUGGGUGGUUUGACGAUCCCUUGCACAGAAGAGAGUUUCAUUCAUGUCACUUCCAACUUCAGCAGAGCAUAAAUAAGAGAAUAUAGAGCUUUACACUAACCAAGCGACACAAUUUUGUAUUGCAUGAAUUUCAUGUACUUCUUGUAAAUACUUCUUUUAACAAAUGAAACAGAUACAAUUUUUUCCUAUACAGAUCAGUU